AUGAGUCGCUGUAUGCCGCGGGCUCCUUCCCGGAAGCGGAAGCCCGGGGGGCGGGCCAACGGGAGCUGGGAGUCCGCGGCGGUUAAUUCCUUUUACCGUGCGGCUUUGCUUCCGUCGGUCUGGGUUUCUCUGAGGCUGCGAGAGAUGGUCAGGUCCGGAUCUCGACCGGCCCAGGUGUUAUCUUCAGGAAAGCACACUGGGCCUGCUAAAUUAACAAAUGGAAAGAAAGGGACCCAUUUAAGAAAGAUAUCACGUUGUAAUACAGAUUCUGGCUAUCCCACCCAUUCUGAUUCAGAAAGUCAGACUGAAACCAUACAAGGGCUUGAUGGCUGUGCAUCUUUGCUGCGGGACAUUUUGAGAAAUGAAGAUUCAGGCUCGGAAAUAGCAUAUUCACCAAAUCGAUGUAAUCCCAGACCUGUGGAAGGCAAAAGAUGCGGCUCUAAGAAGAAAGGACAUGAAAAACAUAUUGUUCCUUCAGUACGGAAAGAAUUUUGUGAAGGCCUACGUAUUGGGGCCCAAAGGACAAAGAAAGAGGUGGUAGUACCACUGCCUGUUCUUCCAGAAGUUCAGACUGAUGGUGACAACCAGUUUUCAUCACAACAUAAAACAGUUUCUGUGAACUAUACUGAUAUUCUGAGGAAUUCCUUCAGUACUAGUCCUGGAGUUCCAUGUAGCCUGCCCCAAACUGACAAACCAGUUGUUCCAAUGUUUCAGCCACUGGGUCUUGCUAAUGGGAUUUUGCCACAAGAAGUUCCUAAGGAACCAGACCUACUGAAGUGUUUCCAAACAUAUAUGAAUCUGUUGCAUUCUCAUCCGGACAGUCAGGCACUCCAAAGCCCCACUUUGUCACAGCCAGCUUUCUUGGCCACUAAUGAAGAAAAAUGUGCCAAAGAACAAACUGGAGAGGUCACAAGCGAAGGAAAGGAUCUAAACAUACAUGUGCGAGAUUCAAGAAUAAAGGAUGUCCAGAAGGAAAAAAAUGCAAACCAGAGUGCUGAAAAAGUUAGAACUAUAAAGUAUCUAUUGGGAGAGCUGAAGGCCCUGGUAGCAGAACAAGAGGAUUCAGAAGUUCAGAGAUUGAUCACAGAAUUGGAGGCAUGUAUAUCUCUGCUUCCAGCAAUAAGUGGAAACACAAAUACUCAAGUUGAAAUAGCACUGGCCAUGCAACCACUAAGAAGUGAAAAUGCUCAGUUACGCAGGCAGUUGAGAAUUUUGAACCAUCAACUUAGAGAACAAGAAAAAACUCGAAAGGCAUCUGGUUCAUGGGAAUGCAACCUUGAAUUGUUUUCUCUUCAAUCAUUGAAUAAGUCCCUGCAGAAUCAAUUACAGGAGUCAUUGAAGAGCCAGGAAUUACUACAGAGUAAAAAUGAAGAGCUUUUAAAAGUGAUUGAAAAUCAGAAAGAUGAAACCAAAAAAUUUGCUGAUAUAUUUAAAGAGAAAGAUCAAACUAUACUUGAUAAUAAACAGCAAUUUGACAUCGAGACAACUAGAAUAAAAAUUGAAUUGGAGGAAUCCUUAGUCAAUAUGAAAAGCUCCCAGUUUAAGUUAAAAGCUGCUGAAAAGGAAAAUCAGAUACUGGGAAUAACAUUACGUCAGCGUGAUGCUGAGGUGACUCGACUGAGAGACUUAACCAGAACUUUACAGAGCAGUGUGGCAAAGCUUCUCUCAGAUCUUAGCAUGGACACCGCUCGCUGCAAGCCUGGGAAUAAUCUUACGAAAUCACUUCUGAACAUUUAUGAAAAACAACCUCAACAUGACCCAAUCCCAGCUCACGCUUCCAUAAUGAGCUACCUAAAUAAUUUAGAAACAGAUCGCACUUUUACACAUUCACAGCCACUCUCUACCAUUAAAAGUGAGGAGAACGCAGCACCAGAUGGGCCCUGUGAACAUGUUCCGUCCUCCAAAGGCCCUCAGCAUAGAGGCACUAGGAGCAGAGAGGAAGCACCUGCCCCUGGAAUCCUGUCUCCCCUUUCAAAACAGGAUUGUGACGAGGAGAGCGAAAUUGCAACUUUAAUAGAAGAUGAGUGUAAUCUGGAUGAUACAGUUUACAUUCCAUUUGCUAGAAGCCCUUCCAAAAGGAAAUUAGCACUAUCGAAGAGGUUAUCCCCCCAGCCACAGGUCAGCGUAGCUCCACCGAAGCUGAUCAGCAAUGGUGGACUUGUCUCUGAGAAAGAAAAUAAGUUGUGUGCACCCGGAGUUUGUUCCUCUUCCAGAAAGGAAGCGGAAGAUGCCCCUGAGAAACUUUCCAGGACAGCUGACAUGGAGGACAAGCAGCUCCUCCAAAAAAUAAAGGAAGCCAUCUGCAAGAUCCCUGCGGCCCCGGAGGAGCCACAGGAACCAGACGUGUGUCACCGCCCCUCCACAUGUCAGAGCAGCAGCUUUCAUGUGAAAAGCAGUGCUGUCUCCGACAGUAGCUUUUUACAUUCGGACCUGACAUCUGACUGGAGCAUCUCUUCUUUCUCAACAUUCACCUCUCGUGAUGAGCAAGACUUCCGAAAUGGCCUUGCAGCGCUGGAUGCCAACAUCGCGAGACUCCAGGAGUCCUUGAGGGCUGGUCAUCUAGAGAAGUGAACUCGGAUGGAAAUGAAUUGAGCGCUGCUUUUUAAGACUAGAACUUGGUUACAUUGAAUGUAUCUUUUAAAUUUCUUUAGAGAAGUGAUGUUUUAUAUUAAUUAUGUGUGAAAAAAAUGAAUAAUAAAUUAUUGGAAUAUAUUGACACUGUGGAGCUUAUAAAAAGAAGUCACCUUAAACUGACAUUUGCUAAGAGAAGAAAGUUGUGGAUAACUAGGGAAGUAUUAUAUAUGAUAUUUUAUUUUAGCACUUAAGAGUUCUUUUAUGACCCUGUUGGGCAAACGGUGCAGGUUGGAAGGAUUCUGUGGUUGUCAUAAAGGAUAAUGGGAAGAGAGUCUCUGGGUAAAAGAUACUAUAUUCAACCUAGAGAUUCGGGAUUUCUUUUUGUUUUUUUAAUGGCAUUGUGUUUUUAUAUGGAUGCUCUGUGCUACAGGCUAGUAUUUUCAGUGAGAUGUAUAAACAUUUAAGACAGAAAGUACUCCACCUCUUAAAAAACAUUGAUUGGUCCAAUAAAAUAUAGGUAACAUCCUAAGUUAGCAUAUGGUUUCUUAAAACUUUAGCACUUUUAUUUAUUUUUAUCCUGAAUGCAUGUUUAAGGCCUUUAACAAAUAAAGUCAGACUGAUAAAAGAAAUGUUAACAGAUUAGUUUUAGUUUGGGCAAUUUGGUUAUUUUAAUAAGUAAUGUGUAUUUGUGUUUUAUCCUUACUACUCAUAUAUUUGAACGUGAUGGAGUUUGUAAAUCUUGCACUGAUUUUAAGUCUGCCUUUCUGGACCAAUUUUUUUUUCAGCACUUGAGCUGAGAACAUUCUCUAUAAAUCAUAUGAGCUAGGUUGCACUGCUGCUCUAUACUAACAUCCCUUAACUACUCAGUAUCUCCUCUCUCCAUCUAAGCAGCACAUUUUUACUCUUAGGAAGUUGAGUGUUGUGUUAUCACUAAUACUCCAUACAAAUCACCUACCUGACGUCAUGUGUUCAGUGCUUGGGCGAGCUUUAGCAUUAAAGCGUGUUUUGCUGGUCCCAGAACCGCUUCCUGCGGUUUUGUUCAAGUGUCGGUGCUGCAGCUUCUGAAAUACCCAGGUAUAGCCUCUUUGACAUGUUCACAUUUUAUAAAUAGUGAUUCCUUAAGACCAAACAUAUUAGGUGAAUUCUAGGCUAUUUUCAUAGAAUUGUCCAUUAAUACUUUUAAUUUUUAUUACUUCCAGUAAUUACUUUUUCUACAUAAAUUAAUUCAUUGGUUUAUUUGAAAGUAAGAGGUCACAACUCUUUAACACAUUAAGUUCAGAAGUACAAAAUAAUAAUGCAAGGAAGAAAAUUGUGUGAUCUGUAUACGCGUACUCCCAAAUAUUCAAUUGUUAUUCAUAUGCAGAAGUAAAUUUUUAAGAUUAUUACUUGAUGAUACAAGAAGAUCAUCCUAUUUUGCCCUUACUACAGCACCAACAUCCUAUGUGCAAAGAAAAUUUUUAAAUACUUAUGAGUUCAUUUAAUUAGGGGUUAAUAAUUUGAUUGAAAACAAAUGAGACUGAAAAAUCCUCGAGGGACUAUUUAUUUGAUAUAAGACAUACAUGGCAUAGAAACAUGAAAAUAAUUCAGUUAAAUUUCAAGGUGGCACAUGACCCUAACAAAAUGGAUGGAAGAGAAACAUUGUGUUUCAUAGAAGUGUAGAGAAGAAGGAAGCCAAAAAAAAAAACCAGGUAGGGGAAGACGUAGAAGAGAAGAAAUUUCAUUUGGAUCUUAAAGAAUGUAUAGGAUUUGGACAAUCCUGUGAAUAUCCUCAAAAUGUUUACCCUAUAGAAAGUCAGUAUCACAAAAUGUGGGGGUUGGUUGAGUGGUAUAUUAAGAGGAUGGUAGAUAAUAACAUCAACCUGACUAAACCUGAAGGGCAAAGAUCACAUUAUAAUGGUAAUAAUAGAUGCUGAUAACACAUUUUGAAGAGUUGGGGUGAGAUUGUAGCUCCAGGCUGAGGAAUAACUAUUAAACAUAGGUAUUUGGGUAUCUUUGGUGGUGGUGCUUUUUUUUUUUUUUAAUUGAGGAACAGAUGAAAUUGGGUGUUCUUAAAACUGCAUAGAGUGAUGGUAAAUAAGGAUUAGAGAGGAAGACCGGAGACCACUAAGAAAGCUGUCGCAGUAGUCCACACAUAAAUUGAUAAGCCUUUGGCAAAAAAGUGAAAAGGAGAGA